CUUCCUUCUUAUUCACAUCCCAACCCCAAACUCUUCCUUGCCUCAUCUCCUCUCUCUCUCUCUCUCUCGAUUUUGUUCAUGAACUUGUCUUAAAAUUCUCACUCCCCCAAAACUAAACAAAGAGCCAAAACACAAUAUGGGUCUUACUUCUCUUCAAGUUUGCAUGGAUUCUGAUUGGCUCCAGGAAGCUGAGUCAUCAGGAGGAAGCAUGUUAGACUCUUCAACGACUUCUCCAUCAGCAGCCGACAUACUAGCUGCUUGCAGCACUAGACCACAAGCCUCGGCUGUGGCUGUAGCAGCGGCGGCUCUGAUGGACGGUGGAAGGAGGCUGCGUCCACCUCACGACCAUCCUCAAAAGUGUCCUCGUUGCGAGUCAACACACACUAAGUUCUGUUACUACAAUAACUAUAGCCUCUCUCAGCCUCGUUACUUCUGCAAGACUUGUCGCCGUUACUGGACCAAAGGGGGCACUCUAAGGAAUAUUCCCGUCGGUGGUGGCUGCCGGAAAAACAAGAAACCCUCUUCCUCUAAUUCUUCAUCCUCCACUUCUUCCGGGAAAAAGCCAUCCAACAUUGUCACCACUAAUACAUCCGACCUUAUGGCUUUAGCACAUUCUCACCAGAAUUACCAAAAUGGCCCUCUAGGGUUUUCACAUUUCGGUGGGAUGAUGGGGUCUUACUCAACUCCGGAGCAUAGCAACGUUGGUUUCUUGGAAAGCAAGUAUGGCGGAUUGCUUUCGCAGAGCCCUAGACCUAUUGAUUUCUUGGACACUAAAUUUGAUCUCAUGGGAGUGAACAAUGACAACCUGGUCAUGGUUGAUCAUGGGAGUAAUGGAGAUCAUCAUCAUCAUCAUAACUAUCACAUGAGUCUGAAUCACGGAGUAGGUCUAAACAACAACAACAACAAUGGUGGAUUCCACGGGAUUUCCCCGGGAAGAAACGGAAAUGGUGGUGGUGCGCUCAUGGAUGUCUCCACAUGCCAGAGACUUAUGCUACCUAAUUAUGAUCAUCUUCAUUAUAAUCAUAAUCAUCUUGAAGAUCAUCAAAGAGUAACAACAAUAAUGGAUGUGAAGCCAAAUGCAAAGCUGUUAUCGCUUGAUUGGCAACACGAUCAAGGCUACUCCGAUGGUGGCGCCAGCGGAGGCGGAGGAAAAUCUGAAGGUGGUGGAUACGGCGGUGGCGGUUAUAUCAACGGCUUAGGUUCGUCGUGGAAUGGGUUGAUGAAUGGCUAUGGAUCGUCCACUAAAACAAACUCCUUGGUUUAAUCAUCAUCAACUAGUAACAGUAUUAGAGAAGCAAUUAAAUUAUAUAUUUGGGUUUGUAUGGUUAGCCACUUUUACUUUAGUAAUUGAUAUCUAAUUACGAGAGUACUCUUAAUUAGUUAUCUUGAUUAGGGGCAUUCGGAGAGAUUUGUCGUUUUGUGUGUGUUCGUGUGAUUGAGGUGUAAUGUUUUUUUCGAUAUAUAAAUAGAGCGCCCAUAUUCUAUUUCU